GACAGAAAAUAAUCGUGAAAGAAGCCAGUGGGAAGGUGUCCUUGGAAUGCAUAACAAAAAGUCCAAAUCAAAUCAAAUGGAUGGAAAAUGGGCAGAUUCUUGGAAACACAACCCAGCUGGCCUUGAGUGCAGUUUAUGAUGAUCCUAGAGGUCUCUACACGUGUGACACAGGUGACCAACACGAAAGCCUCCAGGUGCACUACCGCAUGUGCCAGAACUGCAUCGAGGUGGAUGCUCCCACCAUCUCCGGGAUCGUGAUCGCAGACCUGGUGGCCACCGCGUUCCUGGCGGUCGCCGUGUACUGCAUCACUGGCCACGACAAGGGACGACUGUCACGAGCUUCUGACAGGCAGAAUCUGAUUGCCAAUGAGCAGGUCUACCAGCCCCUGGGUGAGAGGGACAACGACCAGUACAGUCGGCUGGCACCUCCCCGGGCCCGCAAGUGA